AUGGCGGCGAGCUUGCGAACUACGGCGACGACGCUGCGCCUGCGCCCCUUGGCGUCUGCGCUGCGGCCAGCUGUGUCUUCACAAGCGCAGACGAUCCCCCGCGUGGCACGACGAUACAAGUCUGGACCAUACGGCUACACUCAGGCCAAGGCGUUGGUGUUCUCGAAAGAAGGCGAGCCGCGCGAUGUAUUGCAGUUGCACACCCACUCCAUCUCCCCGUCGAUUCCCUCCUCCGCCGUUCUCCUCCGCGCCCUCGCCGCUCCAAUCAACCCCGCCGACAUCAACACCGUCCAGGGAACAUACGGCUCCAAGCCCCCCUUCACAUCCCUUAUCGGUACCUCCGAGCCCUCUGCGAUCCCGGGUAACGAAGGUGUCUUCGAGGUUGUCUCCGUCGGAUCCAAGGAUCUCGGCUUGCAGCGGGGCGACUGGGUCAUCCCCGCCGCGUCGUCGUUCGGUACUUGGCGCACGCACGCCGUCGCGGAAGCAAAGGAUGUCAUGAAGGUUUCCAAGGAGGGCCUGACUCCGACGCAGGUUGCGACAGUCAGCGUCAACCCUUGCACGGCGUACCGCAUCCUCCGCACGUACGGACCGGGCGAGAUCAAGGCCGGCUCGAACGGCGGCAUGAACGCCCUCGAACCCGGCCGCGGUGGGUGGUUCAUCCAGAACGGCGCCAACAGCGGCGUCGGCCGCGCCGCGAUCCAGCUGGGUAAGCUCUGGGGCCUGCGUAGCAUCAACGUCAUCAGGGAGAGAGAGAACGCGGCGGAGACGGAGGAGCUGAAGAAGGAGCUCGCGGACCUCGGCGCCACCACCGUCGUCACGGAGAAGGAGUUCCUCUCGCGCGAGUGGAAGGACCAGCUCAAGGAGCUGACGCGCGGCGGGCGCGAGCCCGUCGGUCUGGGGCUGAACUGCGUCGGCGGCAAGUCUGCGACCGCCAUCGCGCGCAGCCUGGGCGAGAGCGGCACGAUGGUGAGCUACGGCGGCAUGGCGAAGCAGCCCGUCAUGCUGCCCACCGGUCUCCUCAUUUUCAAGGACAUCAGGUUCGUCGGCUUCUGGCUGAGCAAGUGGAACGAGAGGGAUCCCCAGGGCCGCAAGUUUGCGAUUGAGGACGUCUUGGGUAUGAUCCGCGAGGGGCGCUUCAAGGAUGUGCCUUUCGAGGAGGUCGGCUGGAGCUGGGAGACCGAGGCGGAGGUGUUGAAGGAGGCUGUCCAGGGUGCUCUCGGCGGGUUUAGAAAGGGCAAGGGCGUUUUCGUCUUUGGCGAGACAUGA